GCCUCUUUUGCGCUCCACACGGACUGUUUACCUGCAUGCAACCAAAGCCCGCUGCAACGUGAUUGGUCAAUACUCCCCGGACUACAGGCGGAAACCGGAACCUUCCUCUCCUGCAGACCCUGCAUCCAUGUGCAGAUGGUAGAAAACAGACGGAGGAGAAGAAAGAAGAUGAGAUGAGUUUGAAGUGUUUGCUGGCUAACCGAGAAGCCAACAUUUUGACAAAUGGAGGAUCGUACGUGUUAUUUAGCAGAAGAAAAAGCGACGGAGCGAAAAGAGGAAGAAGUGAAACUAAAUGUGGACAGACGACGGCAGAAAACAAUGAUCAACAUCGGUGCGGCCUUCCCCAAAUGGAAAUCUCUGAUGAGGGACAAAUGUUUUCAGAGUGACGCCGAAGUUGCCUAUUUUCUGCUGCACAGCUAUGAGAGAGGUUCUGCAGCAUCGACUCCCAUGAAGGAAAAACCUGUUCAACUCACAGCUGCAGCAGUGUCUAGCAUCGGUGCUUCUGGAAGGAUGAACAGAAUGGGUGGAGCAUUAAAGAAAGCACCAUCGAUCGAUCGACUUCCAGUUAUUGGAACGGGCGAGGCAGCGCAUGACCAGCCUGCACGUGAAGACCCUCCUGAUGAGGCUUCUCCCUGUGAUCAGGACCCUGUUUUCCCAUCCCCACAGCAGGUCCUUUGUGAAGAUGACAUCGUUGGUGCCAGAGCUUCAAUAGUAUACGAGGACUGCUUGAGACAGCUGGCUACAUUUCUGAUCCUGCCUGUGAAAAAAUGUACAGGCCUUUUAAAGACUGGUGUGGUGUGUGACUGUGUUGCCCCCUUUGAGAUCAACAUCACUUCCAAGGGCACAGCAACGAGUGUCGAAUGGAUCUGUCCCAAUGGACACAGCUUGUGGAGGUGGAAUUCCCAGCCUGUAAUGAAGUGUGGGACGCAAGCUGGAGAUUUUCUCUUGUCCACCAACAUUUUGUUGUCUGGCAACGACUAUGCGAAGGUCGCCCUCUUGUUCAAGUUCAUGAACAUGGGGAUGGUGAAGAAGAACACCUUCGUGUCCAUUCAGGACGCUUACUGUGUGGACACAGUGAAGAGCUUCUGGGAAGAGAGGAGGACUGAGGCCCUCAGUGGCCUUCAGGGGAAAGAUGUUGUGGUCCUAGCGGAUGGCAGAAAUGACUCACCAGGCCAUCGUGCACAUUACUGCAGCUACGCCGCCAUGGAGAAUGACACUAAGGAGAUCAUUCAUGUUGCCACCAUCAACAAGCAGCAGACAUCCUGCAACUCUGUCGUCAUGGAGAAGGAGGGUUUUAUCGAGACUGUGGACAAGCUUACAUCAGAGAUAAAGCAUGAGGAGAUCUGCACAGAUGCUAAUGCCCAGAUCACAGCCCUUAUGAACCCAUAUGAAGGCAGAUACAAGGAUCUUGGAAUUCAUCACAGUCUGGACAUGUGGCAUGGUGCCAAGAACCUGGUCAAAAGAAUAGCAGCUGCACUAUGGGUUGGCAUCACUCACCAUGUCUGUGACAUUCACACCUGGACUAACGGAAGGUAUCAACAUGGGCACCUGGAAGAAACACAUGGAAAGCUGUGGAUCCAGAAAGACACCAGUUGCCACAAAGCUUCAGUGGACAUCGUUCUCAAUAAGCGCUGGCUGAAGGAUGUGCAUAAAUACCUGCGCUUUUGCAGAUCAUCUGCAGACCUAGAGGCUUUCCAGAAUCAUAUAUUGAUGUAUGUCAGCAAGCGCUUCACCUUCAGUCCCCCAGUUUAUGAGGCAAGAGUUCUGCUUGCUGCUCUGGACUAUAACUUCCACCAGAACCGACCAACAAUGAAAACAGCAGAAGGCAAAGAGAUUUUCAGAAGGCUGUACAAGAAAAACAGCAGAAGACACAGGUUAUAUGCCCUGAAAUCUGAAAAAACCUACACAAACAUCGCUGAUCUGCAAGCAAGGAUUGUAAAGAGGAGAAUCACAAGUGGAGAGGGGAUGCCUAGAAGGAAGACAGUGUUGCCUGCAGAUGUCCAGCAGCUGUUGGUGAUUAAAGAAGAGGUUCCCUCUGAGUGGAGCCCCAGUCUGGACCAGGAGGACCCAGAGCCCCUACACAUAAAAGAAGAACAGGAGGAACUCUGGACCAAUCAGGAGGGAGAGCAGCUUAAUGGGCUGGAGGUGGCUGAUAUCACCAGGUUCCCAUUCACUGCUGUUACUGUGAAGAGUGAAGAUGAGGAAGAGAAACCUCAGUCUCCACAGCUUCAUCAAAGCCAAACUGAGGACCACAGAGAGGCAGAGCCUUCAGCCAGCAGCUCAGCUACACAGAUAAAAACAGAAACUGAUGGAGGAUCAGAACCUGCUGGGAACCUUGAUCCAGAUAGUCAUUUACAACCAGAUACUGAUGAAAAAGCUUCAGAAACUGAAGUCAGUGAUAAUGACUGGCAAGAACCUUUGUCAGAUUCUGAAGCUGAAAGUGAAGACGGUGACAAUGGUUGGAAGAAGACCAGAGCACCUGAGUCAGGUGUAAAUGCUCUGAAAUAUAAGGAAGCUCCUGUAAGUGAUGCAGGAUGUAAUGCUGGGAAAAGAUCAUUUAGCUGCUUUGAAUGUGGUAAACAAUAUCACCUCAAGGGGUCUCUUCAGAGACACAUGAAGUGUCAUUCAGGAAAAAGGUCCUCCAGCCGUCUGGUUAAUAAGAAAUGUUUCAGAGUGAAGGAAAAUGUAGAUUCACAGAUGAGAGUCCACACAGGAGAGAAACGAUUUGGCUGUGAUGUUUGUGGGAAGAGAUUUACACUCCUGGGAAAUCUUAACACACACAUGAGAGUCCACACAGGAGAGAAACCAUUUGGCUGUGAUCUUUGUGGGAAGAGAUUUACACAACAGGGAACUCUUAUUAAACACAUGAGAGUCCACACAGGAGAGAAACCAUUUGGCUGUGAUGUUUGUGGGAAGAGAUUUACACAACAGGGACAUCUUAAGAAACACAUGAGAGGGCACACAGGAGAGAGACUAUUUGGCUGUGAUGUUUGUAGAAUGAGAUUUAAAGAACAGGGAAAUCUUAAGAAACACAUGAGAAUCCACACAGGAGAGAAGCUAUUUGGUUGUGAUGUUUGUGGGACGAGAUUUACGGAACAGGGAAAUCUUAAGAGACACAUGAGAGUCCACACAGGAGAGAAACCAUUUGGUUGUGAUGUGUGUGGGACAAAAUUUACACAACAGGGAACUCUUAAGAAACACAUGAGGGUGCACACAGGAGAGAAACCAUUUGGCUGUGAUGUUUGUGGUAAAAGAUUUAGCCAUCGGGCACAUCUUAAGACACACAGGAGAGUCCACACAGGAGAGAAACCAUUUGGCUGUGAUGUUUGUGGUAAAAGAUUUAACCAUCGGGCACAUCUUAAGACACACAGGAGAGUCCACACAGGAGAGAAACCAUUUGGCUGUGAUGUUUGUGGUAAACGAUUUAGCCAUCGGGCACAUCUUAAGACACACAGUAGAGUCCACACAGGAGAGAAACCAUUUGGUUGUGAUGUUUGUGGUAAAAGAUUUAUCCAGCACACACAUCUUAAAAUUCAUACGAGGGUACACACAGGCGAAAAACCAUUUAGCUGUGAGCUUUGUGGGAAGAGAUUUACAGAACAGAGAAUUCUGAAGAGACACAUGAGAGUCCACACAGGAGAGAAACCAUUUGGCUGUGAUGUUUGUCGGAAGAGAUUUACAGCACAUGGAAGUCUGAAGAGACACAUGAGAGUCCACACAGGAUAGAAGUUGUUCACUAAGCAUGUUGUUAAGAACCACAGCAGUUUUCCUUGUCUUUUAGUGUUUUGUUGUAUUUAGUUUCUCUUGUGUUUAUUUUAAAAUAUGUAUGUAAAAGUCUUUAAAUGCUGUUUACUGCAUACCGAAGACACCUACAUAGACAGAAUUUUCCAAAUGUUCCCUUUAUCGAAGUUGUUUAUUAAGGAGUGGGAAGGGAACAAAUGAUAAUCUUUAGGAUAUUAACGUCAGUGGCAUGGAUGUGAUGGAGGGAACAAAUGAUAAUCUUUAGGAUAUUAACGUCAGUGGCAUGGAUGUGAUGGAGGGAACAAAUGAUAAUCUUUAGGAUAUUAACGUCAGUGGCAUGGAUGUGAUGGAGGGAACAAAAAAGAAACCAAAGACACUGCAAAUCAGGGUAAAUAAUGCAUAUUUUGUGUAAAGUCUAAUCAGUAUGUUGAAAAUGCAAACUAAGUGAUCCAGUCAUUUGAAAUACUGGAUCAAGUAUUUGUGACCCACUUGAAAAGACCCCUUCAAACUGUCAACUACUAACUGAACUGGCUCACGGAAAGUCCAUAUCACCUGCACUCUGCUGGAGCUGGAGGACGUCAGCGCACAGCACACAGUAGACACAGCGGCCACUACUGCGGGAACUGGUCCACAAUGAUUGCCCACGCCUCACCGUCAGCCUCUCCAGUACUGCCCGCGGCUUACCAUACCACACCACAGAACAGCAACACAACGCAGACAAAAUCUGAUUCUCCCUUUCCACCUCUGGGGGCUUAUUUCCUGCAGCUGAUUAGCAACAACCAGUCUGCCAUAAUAUUGUCAACUCCCUGCUUGUGCUUGAUGGCAGUAUUGUAGUUCUGGGCCAGGACUGCCCAGCGCAUCAGGCAUUUGGCUCAGAAACACAAGCGGGUUAUGGUCGGUGUACACAGUGACCAACUGGGAACUAGACCCAACAGUCGAGUAGUUUAGUUGGUGCUUUUUCAACUUUGCUGAAAAGAAUCAAACAGGCCGACCUAUCCCUCCGUCACCCUCUUGUAACAGCACCAUCCCAGCUCCAAUAGCACUGGCAUCUAACUCCAGCUGAAAAGGCAGAGUGAAGUUGGGGCCGCUAACACAGGGCCACUGUGAACGAGAGAUUUGGCCAAUUGAAAGGCAUUUUCACAUUCCUCGGUCCAAACUAAUGGAUCCACAGGACUACAUAACUUGGUCAGGGGAGCAACUAUAUCUGAAAGGUUUGGGUAAAAACAGCGAUAAUAGCCCACCAUGCCUAGAAAACGUCUAAGCUCUCGCCUAAUGGUAGGAGCUGAAAAUGACACAAUAGCCUCAACCUUAGCGUCUACAGGUAGAACCUGUCCCUUACCAACCUGUUUCCCAAGGUAUGUGACCGUGGCUUUUCUGAAUUCACACUUUGCUCGGUUUAGUGCGAGGGAAGCAUCGGCUAAGAGUGUGAGAACCAUUUUUAAACUAGACAUGUGACUCCCCCAGUCAUACCUCGUACAUCACCACAUCCAAAUAAACACAGCAGUUUGGUAAGUCGCCGAAGAUAUGGCAAAUUAGGCGCUGAAAGGUGGCAGGCACGUUAAUACCAAACGGCAUCACAGUGUAUUGUUUAAACGCAUCUGGAGUGACGAAGGCUGAAAUGUCAGAGGCGUAGUUUAUGCUUAGUUAAGGGGACCUGCCAAUACCCUUUUAGCAAAUCUAAUUCAGUGAUAAACAAAGUAGAACCCACUCUAUCGACCAGGUCACCUGUGGGCGGCAGGGGAAAAGAAUCACUUACUCCAAGGGGAACUCCAAGGGCUGUAACUGGGCUUAGCAAAACCAUGCUCGACUAGGUAACUGACUUCCUUCUUCAUAAGCUCCGUUUUCUGUUGCCACAUUACAGGACAAACACACGUCAGUUUUUCUUUCAGAAUCCUAACAACUCCUGUUUAGAGUCUCUGACGACAAAAAGAGCAAAAGCCACCCCUUCAUCUGAAUCUUUAACGUUUUGUACUUCAGAAUGCCCUUGGGCCAUAAUGGAGCAGGUGGCACAGGCUGGUUUGGCUUGCCUAACAUCUCACAAAUGUGGCAAGUUUUGCAGUAGUGCACUAUGCUAGAUUUUAAACCAUGCCAGAAAAAACUGCUGAAGCACUUGAUGAUAGGUCUUUCCAACCCGUAAGUCCCCAAAAAUGUUCAUGUGCCAAGGACAGUAUAUGUUGUCGUCAGUCGGUGCCACUACCUGAUAAGUCUCACUCCACUCAUCAUCCAACCCUUUUUCUGCACUAUCUAGCCGAAGCACUAACUGGGAGUGUAUUUAACUUGUGAUUGCUGAAAUUGUAAUUUAUUUUCUAUUGUAAGUUGUAGGGCUGACCCCUAAUAGUCAAAGAUACGAUGCUUCGAUGGGCAGAGCCUGAAGCUUUGCAGCGAAACAAGGAUCACGCCAUUUUGGCGAUAUGGGGGUACUCAACGUCUGAUUUUACAUAGAACUACCAGUUU